CUAUCCACAGAAACUUGACCCACUACCUGCAAGACCUAUAAUUAACUUUUUUCUUACUCCAUUCAAUAUAUACGUAUGUAAAUAUGACCAGACAGAUCCAAGCCAGACGAAACUCAGGAGUGAUAAACACAGAGACAAGCCCAUCAUAAGCAGUUGUAAAAGCCCAUACAGGUCCAGCCCAUUCACAUUUUUCUAACCCUGUGCAUCGUAUAUAAGCACUGCUCGAGGACACUUUUGACCUAAAUCCCCAAUCGACGGGCUCCUGGCUGUUCUCCCUACUGACUGGCGUGGCUCCACCAGCGAUCCAUCAGCCCCUGGUACAGAAAGAGAUCACGCAUGGAGGACAUGGACAUCGGUAUCGUCUGUCACGAGGGUUCCCUAGGAUCAAUGGCGUCAAGGACAGGAACGCCUGUGCCCAAUGAUAAUGACUACCUGAUAGUGAUUCCUUAUGCCCACAUAUUUGACCUCAUGCUGAAAGCUCUAAAGCUACCCCCUGCAACUUACCAGCACAAAAUAUACCCAGGCGGAAAGAAUCGUGUAACAGUGACUAUCAUUUCAACUUUGGAAUUCCUAGAUGGUUCACUUGUCCCGAGUUCUAUACCAGGUGCAAUCUUAGAUAGCUAUGAAGAUGCAGAAGACAGUGCUGCUAUGGAGGCUAUUAGAUACAUGGAGAAUGCAUAUGGCAAAGAAAUGAGGGGCAACCACUACACCCAUGUCAAGAGGCUAGAAAAUCAAGUGACGCACCUGGUCAAAUGGUUAACUUCAUCGAAUGAGACAAUCAAGAAGCUGCGCAAAACAUGCUACUACGCUGUCAGGUAUAUGAACUCGUAUUCUGCCCAAAUAGAAAACACAACAGCUGCUCGCCACCUGAAAGUUCAGGAUAACACCAAGGGAGUUAUGAAAACAGCUCUUGCAAGCAUCGAAGGACUGACGCAAAGGCUACGCUACAUUGCUAUGAAGUUUGAGCAGCCCCUUGAAGCAACCAGAAACAGAUUCUGGUAAACUUUGCUGAAUGUAUCCUGGCCAGCGUGCUUCAUCGGUUACUGCAACAAACACCUUUUGUUUCAUAUCUAUCAGACCAGCAUCUUUCCCAUUUUGGACUACUCUCAGCAAGAUAUGUAUAGACUUUAGUCCUUCCUUGCUGCCUCUAUGGUGAAAAGUAGUCUAUGAUGUAGUCUACGAUCUUUAGAUUUUAUUGUUGUCUCUAUGGUCAAGAGCGGUUUACCAUCGCUUAUUGUAUAUAUGUGAAGGUCUCCUCUUCUACUGUUGUUUUCAUAACA